AGGUCACCGACGUCCAUUUGCAAUGGCUCCACAUCAAGCACCUUCACUUUUGUGAACGGACGCGGUCCUCUUCAAGUGGGAGAUUCGCCUUGGUUCCACCAAACAAAGCGUCACCAUCUUUGAAAAGGGGUCAAAGGUGAAGCACCACUCUUCUGUGUCAAAGUGACCAGCAUGAAUCCUUGCGUGAACUCAACUGAUCCGGAAUUAACACCAAACCCGCCGCCGUACCCGACCCCGGCGGUCCCGGCAGUCGACGCCCGUUCGCCCACCUCUCCUCAGCUCCGCUCUGUUUCCGACCUCGGCCCGCCGACCUCGCCGGCUUUGCUUCCCCCCCCGUCAUGCCAGGUGUGCGUGGCUGUCCCGUCGCCUGGCCUGCGCCCUUCCCCGCCGCCUUCGUCGGCGCCCCCCGAGGACCAAGCCCCGGAUUUGGAGUGUUGGGUGUGCUACAGCAACUUCAACAACGUCUUCCGCUGCCCCAAGAUGCUGCAGUGCAAGCACACCUUCUGCCUGGAGUGCUUGGCCCGCAUCAACGUCAAGUCGGCGCAGCCCGCCGCCAUCCGCUGCCCGCUUUGCCGGCGCGUGACGCCGCUGCCCGCCCUCGGCCCGCCCCAGCUGGCCACCGACGCCGACGUGCUAGCGUCCCUGCCGCCCGCCAUGCAGCGCGUCUACAGCGUUCGCUUCCAGCGCAGCAAGGGCAAGCUGCAGAUCAAGAGGUUAUCGGAAGGUCAGGGGCGCUCCACCAUAAGGUCGUUGGAUGUGGGUCUACCUAGCCCUCCCUUCCAAAAUGGCAGAUCAGGCGGCGUGGGCGAGGCCUUGUUCAGACUGACGGGUCGCCCCCAAUGUCGGGCUUUGCUCCUAACGCUGGUGCUCACCAUGACCAUCGUGCUCACCGUCAUCGUCGUCUUCCUGCUCACGUACAACACCGACCAGCUCUAGAGGCUCGCCAGCUGUCUCCAUAGCGACCGGAUUCUUGUACUGUUUUUGUGGCGACAGAGAUCGCUGUAUUAACGACAACGGAGGUGCUUGGCAACUUGUCUCCAUGACACCCGGGGUGCCGUCCGAGAUGCUCAACUGUCUCUGUGGGAACCUGCAGGACGCUAAGCACACAAUUGCUUUUUCCAUGGUGACCAAGAUGCUGUAGUCUCCAUGGUUACUAGGAUGCUGAGUGACUUCUUUCCAAGGUGACCAAGGAUGCCGUCACUACAAUCUCUGCUGAGACCUUCAUGGUGAUACAGCUGCUCAGUAACUGACUCCAUGAUGACAAAGACGUCUUCAUGUUGGUAGGAUACUGUGCAUUUUUUUUUCCAUGGCAACCGUGAUGCUCGUACACAAUUUCCAUGAUUCUCUAGAUGCUGAGUCACUAACCAAAGUGUCCAGUAUGCUUCAUUGGGGUCUUUAUGGCAACCAGGAUGCUGCUCAAGAACCCCCUGGAAAGGCUAGUGGUGAUGACGUCAUUAUCGGCAUCCCGCAAGAUGACGGGGAGCCCGCGUGGAUGUUUAGAUUGCCAAUGUGUCUGAAAAGAUUGCUUUUCUGUGUAAUGUCAUGUUUUAGACUUUUACGGUUCAAAAUAAUCUUAAAUAUUUAACAUUUUUAAUAAUGUACCUUUCUCUUUGUUUAAAUGUGAAUAAAUGUCUUUUUUGAAUCAUU